AUGUCCGGACCGAAGUCAUGGCUCGCCAACGCCAACCCCGCGAUCACGGACAUCGGUAAACGCCUCCGAGAGCGCGCCGAGGAGACGCUCACGCAGCUCGUGGACGUGAACCCGUUGGAACACGCGCGUCCCGGCGGAGCUGAGAAUCACGCGCAGAGUCAGAAUCAAAGCUCCAGCGCGUCUUUACCGUCGGUUCCCUCGACCUCGGGCGCUUUCACGACGCGUCACGCGCCGAGGGACCAACGUGUGAUGGAACUGGAGGACCUGUGCGCGUCGAUGUCCACGGAGAUUGCGGCGUUGAAGGAUGCGCUGCGGAGGACGUCGGAGCGAGCGAGCGGAGACGCGGAGACGGAAGCGUUACGCAAAGAGUGUCAAAAAUUGCGCGAUCAGAAGAUUUGGGCGGAGGAAGAGUGUAAAGAGUUUGAGCGUGAGUGUGAAGAGCAGAGAAAGGGGCGGGAGCGAGCGGAGGCGGAGAAGAAGACGCUCGAACGCGAGUUGGAGGCGAAACAGCGGCUCGCGGGUUCGACGACGGAGACAUCGAGCGAUGCGAAAGCGGACGACUCGAAGGCUCUCGUCGAUGCGGCGGAAAAAGAGCGCGAUCGCGCGCUGCAACAGGUAAAGAGCAUGCGCGGCGUGAACGAGACGCUGCAGGGACAGCUCAAGGAAUACGCGAAACGCGUGCCGGAUUUGGAGCGCGAACGCGAUGACGCGCGGGCAGACAAAGCAGAAAUGGCGGAGAGUCUCGCACUCGCGAGGUCAGAGACGGCAAACGCGGAGCGCGGACGAGCAGAUGCCUCGGACAAGGCCGAGUCGCUGAAGAAGGAGCGGGACGCGCUCGAGGCGCAGUUGAACCUGUUGAAGAAGCGAGAAGAAAAUAGUAAGCAGGUUCAGAGCGAUGUGGAGGCGGCGAAGGAACGAACGAGCGAUGUCGCGUUGAAACGGAGACUAGCGGAGACGGAUGCGAAACUCGCGGCGGCGAAUGAGCAACUAAAAACGCUGAAGGAGGGCUCGACAAAACAGGUGAGCGACAUCGGCUCGCUCACCGAGGCAAAGGAUACCGCUGAAGCCGAGGCGCGACGUCUUAGAGAAGAGGUGAAAUUGCUCAUAGGCGCGGUAGCGGAGCGUAAUGCCGCGAUGACCGAGCUCGCGGAACUUCGCACCGAGCUCGCGGACGCGAGGCGCUCGCUCGAGGCGAACGCGCUCGCCGGAUCAUCCAACGCCGAUGUUGAAGCUGAGCGCAAUAGGGCGGAGCAAGAGUUACUCACGAUGGCGCGCCGAGUUGGAUCUCUGGAACAACAACUUCGAGAGACACAGCGUGCUCAAGAGGCGGCGGCGGCGGAGAUGGAGCGGGAGGUCGACAAGUCCGCGAGAGGAGACAAGGAGGAAAUCGAGCGACUCAAAGCGUGUUGCGACGAGCUCGAGGCUGCGCGUGCAGAGGCCGAGCGCGGCUUGGGGAAGUUAACCGCCGACUCAAAAGAAUCUAGAGAAGCUUUGGCGAAAGCGAAAGCGAUAGCGGCGGAGGCGGAGGGCGCGCUCGCUGAGCUCGCCUCAAAGGCUGAGGCGGCGGAGAUUCGCGUGGCGAAUGCGAACUCACUCGCCGACGCAUCGAAGAAAGCACUCGAGGAGUUCAAGAGCAAAGCAUCGGAGAUAGCUCGAACGGUGCAGGAUACGCUUCGCUCGGAGCGUGAUGCCGCGAAGAUCGCGGCAGAAUCUGCCGAGCUUGAUCGCGACGCUUGGCGCGAAAAAUGCAACGAGGCGCGGGAGACGCUCGAGCGCUGGCGAGAAAAGGCGCGCAAACUCAUGGCGGCGAAGGACGCCGAGAUCGAAGCAGUACGAGCGGGCACAUCGCCCUCGCGCGGUGCGAGAUCGACCCUCUUCGACGACGAAGAUACCAACGCCGAGGAGGUGGCAGCCGUCGCCGAACAAUCAAGUGCCGCACAUCCGCCGGCGCGGAGAGGCGAUAUCGACGACGUCCACGCCGAGUACCUCGCCGAGGUCGUCAAGCGCUUCUUCUUGCUCCCGUUCGACGACAAUGACCGCGCGGAUGCGCUCGUUCCCGUCAUCUGUCGCAUCUUACGUCUCUCCAUGGAGGACGAGUUCCGAAUCAAGGCGCAUCGAGCGUCGCAGCGCGCGAAAUCCGCCAAAUUCCUCGGCGGAUACUUCGCGUGA